AUGUCAGGACUUGGUAAAAGUCAUAAAGCGAAGUCUGCUGGUAAAGCAAAAAGUCGAUCUUCACGUGCAGGUCUGCAGUUUCCAGUUGGAAGAAUUCAUCGUUUGCUUCGAAAAGGCAACUACGCAGAACGUGUUAGUGCAGAUGCCCCUGUCUAUCUUGCAGCUGCUUUGCAAUAUUUGGCUGCAGAAGUGUUGGAAUUGGCAGGAAAUGCUGCACGUGACAAUAAUAAAUCUCGCAUAAAUCCAAGACAUUUACAGUUGGCCAUUCGCUAUGACGAUGAAUUGAAUAAGUUGCUUGCAGAUGUUACGAUUGCACAAGGUGGUGUAUUACCGAAUAUUCAGGCAAUGUUGCUACCCAAGAAAACUGGUUGGACAUGCGAGAAAGCAGCAUCUUCUAAAGUUAGAAUUGUUUAG